AGAGUAUUGAUGGUCGGUUUGGAAAAGUCUGGUAAAACAACAAUAUUAUAUAAUAUAAAGUUGGGAUCAUUCCUUGAAACAAUACCUACCAUUGGAUAUAAUCAUGAGAGAGUUAAUGUUAAUGGAUCAUCGUUUGAUAUAUGGGAUAUUGGUGGAUCAAAGGAUACAAACAAAUUACCAUGGAAACUAAUGGUACAUAGAACAACAACUUGUAUAAUAUUCGUUGUUGAUGUAUCAGAUCGAGAAGGACUUGCCUGUUCCAAGGUCCAACUUCAAAAGAUACAAGAUGAUAAAAGAUUAUCACAUAUGCCAAUUCUUAUAUUAGCAAACAAACAAGACCUACUACCUCAACCUGCUCAAGGAGAACAAGGAGAGUCGUCCAUAAAUACACCGCUCACAACUACCGAGUUAUCUCAAUUACUUGGUCUUCCAGAGAAAUCCAUGGACAAACAAUGGCACAUCACUCCAUGCACUGGAAAGACUGGCGAAGGAAUAUCAAAUGGAUUCGAAUGGCUUUCCAAGCGCAAAGGGACCAAG